UGGGCGCUGUCUUCCAACCCAGGCCGGGAACUUCGCUGCCGGAAGAAUGAUGGAAGAGGAUGAUGAUGCAAAACUCAAAGCUGAAAUAGAAGCUGAAUUGGAUAAAAUUAGCAUUUCUUCCUUGGAAAAAAAUGAUGUUGACAGUGAUUCAAAAUCAGAAACACAGAGUGAUGACAGCGAUGGUGAUGACAGCGAUGCUGAGUUAGGAGAAUUACCAGAGUCAGUUCUUCAUUGUAUUAACAUCAUAAAGAAUAAGACUAAAACUGCUGAAGAGCUCAUUCUUCAGGACCUGGAAGAAACUGAUGUUUUAAGCAGUAGUUUUGGAGCAUUUUCUAAUAAUCAUAUGCAUCUAAGGAUAGGAUUAGCAACUGAGUGUAAAGAAAAUCCUGAGCAAUUGAUGAAGAUGUUAUCUGAAAUAGAAAAAGAAGAAUUUAUGAGAAGUAUAACCAAUUGUGCCUGUCCUGAUUCUGUUCCUGAACUUGAUCCCCAUGACUUGCCUUUGGAUGAACAUGUUUUACCAGAUGGUGCUGAUAUAAAUUUUGGAUACUGUGAAGUGGAGGAAAGAUGCAGACAAUCUUUUGAGGCUUGGCAAGACAAACAGAAAGAACUAGAAGACAAAGAGAAUGAAACUCUCAAAGCUCAGAGGGAUAGAGAAGAAAAGCAAUUUCAAGAAGAAGAAGAAAAGCGAUAUUGCUGGAUGAAACAAUUUGAAAUUGAAAAGAAGAAAUUAGAGAAUAUUCAGAAGCAAGAACAGGAUAAGAUGAAUGAUGAAAUCCAUAAAGAAGAGAAAAUUUGGAAAGAGAAAUUUAAACAGCAUGAGGAGUUUAUUAGAAACUUACAUUUACAAAUGGAAGAGGAAAGAACAAGAUUUAAAGACCUACAGGAAAAAGAAAAAGUGCGUUUGUUAAAACUGGAGCAUAAUGCAGCUGUAAAAAUUCAAGCUAAAUAUAAAGCAUUUAUGGCCUGCAAAAAAUAUGGCCCAAUCAUAAAAGAACAAGUAGAAAGUAAGAAAAGGAAAGCACAAGAGUGGAAGGAAAAGGAAGCAAAAAUACGACAAAAGGAGGAAGAAAAACGAAAAAGAUUAGAGGAGGAACAAAGGAUAGAAGAAGAGAGAAAAAAGCAGAAUGAAGAGGAAAGAAAAAGGAGAGAAAAAGAAUAUGAACAAAAAAAGAACAUCCUGAGACAAGAAUUAAGAUUAAGAGAAGACAAAAGCCAACAGCUAAUAAUAAUUAGUGCAUUAAAGAAGGAAGAAUAUAAUACCAAACAUUUAACUGUUGAAGAUAUUUCAAAGAAUAAGGAUAAUAUAGCCAAAAAGCUAGUUGAUGAAAAUUCAGAGAAGCAGGAAAAUGUUCCCGUUUGGCUAGUUGAGGAAUCAAACAAGAGAGAAAAUGUAGAUAGACAGCUUGCAUUCAAAGAAUCAGUAGAAGUACAAUUAAAAGUCUCUGUAUCAAACCAAGCAAUUCUGGCAGAUUUUAAAAUAGAAGAAAAAAAUGAAAACAUAGCAAAAAAACAAUGUUCAGAAAAAUUGGUCAAGCAAGAAAGAAAAUAUGAAAAUACAGACCAAAACCAUGAUUUGGGACACCCAGAUCUAAAACAAAAUAUGAAAGAACAGUUUCAGCUGCAAGAAUUAAAGUCUCAAAUACACAAAGAGGAAACCAUGGAACAUGCCAUAAAUGAGAAUGUGGGACAAGAAAUCCAAAUAAUAUUAGGACAUCACCAAGAAAUCAAUGAGGUGAAAAACAAUGAAGCACAGAAAAUAAUCAAAGAUAAUCAGCAGGAGAAGGUACAAAAAAUAGAAAAAAAAGAGGUACAAGAACAGAAUGGAUCAUUAUAUAAAGAGAAUAAUACCUUACUUAUUUCAAUGAAACCAGAACUACUCCCACUAAAAUCAGAAAAUGUUGAAGAUAUAGGAGAAAAUGUAGUACUACAAGAAAAAGAAAUAAAUUUAAAAUCCAAAGAAAUUGAGGAGAACCCAACAGACAACGCUCUGAAUAGUGACAUUGUGAUUUUUAACACUACGAAUGCCAUGAUAAAUAAAGAAGGCAAAAGAAACAAGCAAGAUUAUAUUUUAGGUGGACAUGCUUCUUGUGAAGACCUAGAUGGCUGUAAUUCAAAAAGCUCCAUGGUUUCUAAAGAAGUAAACUCUCUUAAAUCUGAGAUUAAGGAAAUCGUAGAAGAAUGCCAUGAAAACAGAACUGAACAUGAAAAUACCAUGACUUGCUCUGUACCAGCAUCAAUACUUCUAUCUUCUAUCGAAGAAAAGAGAACUUCUUGGAUAAAAUCGUUUAAACCUUGGUGUGAAAUUUUCAAGCAACAUCAACAAAAGAAAAUUGUUAAAAGAAAGAGACCUGUGAAACGCCCACCCGACAUGAUGCCCCCUUUGAAUACACUGGAAAUUCUUCAGUGUGGCCCUUGGAAUACUUUACAGCAGGUUACAACAGUUAUAUUACAAGAUUUACCAGGUUGUAGUCUCUCUACACUGGCAGAGUGUGUGAAUCUUCAGUUUCUAUCACUUCAGCGCUGUGGAUUAACAUCUUUGCAUAGCCUGAUUGACUGCAAAAAUCUUAAGUACAUUGAUGUACAGGAAAACCAUAUUGAGACUAUCAGCUGUGAAAAUUUGGAAAAUCUCUGUGUUCUUCUUCUUAAUAAAAAUCAACUGACUUCUUUUCAUGGUUUGGAUGGCUGCACUAAUAUUCAAAAUCUUGAACUUUCAUAUAAUAAAAUCACUAGAAUUGGUGGUUUAGAAUCCUUGAAAAAUCUUCAGCAACUAAUUGUGGACCACAAUCAGUUAAUCAGUACAAAAGGUCUUUGUGAUACACCUACCAUUAUAUAUCUGGAUUGCUCUCAUAAUCAUCUUACUAAAAUUGAGGGCAUUGAAAAUUGUGGAUUGCUUCAGAUAUUGAAGUUACAGGGAAAUUAUCUAAGUGAGCUUCCAUCCUUGGAGAAUCAUGUUCUGCUAAGAGAAUUGCACUUGGAUGAUAACAGCAUUUCAACUGUGGGAGCAUUCUCUUCAUAUUGGCUGCCUUUACUACAAAAUCUUACUCUCUCUCAAAACAGCUUGACAAAAAUUGUACCACUUUUUCAUUUUGUUACUCUGGAAAAAUUAGAUGUCAGCAACAAUUGUCUUUCUGAUCUUACAAGUGUCAAAGUAUGGUUCAACGCAUGCUAUUCUCUCCGUGAAUUGUCUCUCACUGGAAACCCACUUCUUCAAGAAAUAAACUGGAGGCAUUCUCUACUUAAAAUGCUACCUGCUCUAAGAAUCCUCAAUGGUGAUACAAUAAACCCUUAUUCAGAAAACCACACUGAAGAAUACUAUCAACUAGAAUUAGCACAUUUCGUAACACUUUGUCAGUCUCAGAUUCGAGAAUUCAACUUACUAAUUGAAAACUAUAUCACUGGAAAAGGAGAUGUAUUCACCUUGGAUAUUGCAGAAAAUCUGUGUGAUUAUUUUAAGAAAUUGAUGACACUUAGUAAUGAAUGCCGAUAUGCACAUGAAUAUGAGGAUGUAAAUAUCACCAAAAGAGAUGAGUCAGAAGCCCAGCAAAAUCAUUUGGCCUCUACAAACAAUGAAAGCACACUGCAAAAUAGACUGUCCUACUCUAAGGCAAACGAACAUAAACUGGACUCACCAGGUAUUUCUGAGAAAUGGAUGAACUCUGGUUCUAGUCAUUCUUCAUUAAUCAGUUUCUCCACAUGCGAAGAUAUGGAAGAAAGAAAUCAGGAAAAAUUAGUAGACCAGAAGAGAGAUGACAGCAAAGUAAGCAGCAUCCCCACCAAAAGAAUCCUGUUUACUAAAACAGUAAUGACAAAUUCUCUUCUGAAGAAUCAGCAAAAUAUUGAACAUAGUGAAAAAAUCAUGGCAGCUGUGGUAAUCCAGUCACACUGGCGUGGUUACGUUGUGCGCAGACAGAUUCAUUUCUUUACAAGGCUACAUACUGCUGCAACAGGACCCCUGCCAAAUUCCUGCAUCAAGAAUCAGACUAUUUUAAAGAAUGAAAAAAGAGAAAAUAUUGUGAAUAUCCAAGAACAGAGGGAGAAGUCUGCUGUUCUUAUUCAGGCAGUUUGGAAGGGCUUUAUUUUGCGAAAAAAACUGACAGCAGCUCUAGAGGCUAUUAAGAAUGAAGAAUCUGAAGAAGAAUAUGAAGAAAUAGAUUUAGAGGAUUUUACAUUUGAUGAAGCUGCUUUGGAGAAAGAAUGGCUAGCUUUAGAUUCCGCCCGCUUCCCUUCACAAACAUUGCUUCUCUCAAACCAGCUGCACUGGCCAAAGAUCUCCGGAAACUUAAAAUACGAUGAUACUUCCCUUAAUUUACCAAGUCAUCCAGCUCAAGCAUGGCUAUAUAAUGAGAAAGAAAAUUUGUUUUCCUCAGAACAUACACAAUUUAAUGGCAGAUCAGAAAAUAGAACUUUAUCCUUGACACCUGAAUCAAAGACCAGUAGAAAGAGUUUGCUAAAAUCUGAAAAAGAAGAAAAAAUUUCAGAAGAAUGGGGCUUUAAGGAUAUUUCUACUGCUCAACAAAUGCUGAAGAGAGCACAGAAAAUGAAAUCAAAGAAACUAAAGAAAAAAUUAGAUCCUACUGUGCGUCUAGCAUUGUUCAAAAACAAUGAAAAUAAAAUUUCUGUUACAAAAUCACCAAAGAAGGAACAGCGUAGAAGAGAUGGUUACUUUGAAGGUAUGGGAGAAGAUUUUAUCUGCAAGGAUACCACUGCAAAUGAAAAAUUAGAAAGGAGUAAAGAAUAUACAUACCAGUGGCUUCACACACAGGUUGGAGUUCCUGAAACAACUACUUCCAGAAAUAUGAAAUGCAAUCACUUCUUGCCUGAGUUAGAUCCAGAUGUACUUAAUGGUGGAAGAGUUCAGCUUGUGGCAAGACUUGUAAGCAGAGAAGACACGAAUUUAGACCUUUCUUCCAUGACCAGUGGAAGUGCUUUGUCUGUGAACAGAGAAAAAAAAAAUCAGGCACACAGACAGUCAGCGGGAUCUUCAAGUUGUUCAAUUAAGGGAAUACUUGCACCAAUGAUAACAAAUACAAGACCUUCUAAAAAAGAACGUAUAUCAUUCCGUGACAAUCCUGUACAACUCAGUGGUGGAUGGGGAAGUGGCAAAAAGAAGGUGAAAACUUCCAAUUAAUCCUUCAAGCUUCAGCAUUCAAAAUAUAUAGCAAAUAGUUUGUUUUCAAGAAGGCUGGAUAUCUGGUUAUGUUACCAACUGGAUACAAGGUUUUUGAGUGCUGUAUUUAAUUUGUUUUAUUACACAUAAUUUACAAUUUUUAUUUUCUUAUGAAUUUAUUUCCCAUCUGUAAAGGAGAGUUUUGGAGUUCUUCCUAUGUUCAUGUGGACUAACCUCCAGAAAAUUACUUCUUGAAAUAUUGUAAUGAAAUUUUCAUAUUUAGUUUCUUCUUUAGUUUAAAUUUUUGUGACACAGGUAUUCAUGAUGGCUUUAGUUACCAAUAAUAAAUUUUACUACUAUACAUAUAUGUAAGGAAAUGUAACUAUGUUUUAUUGACACUGUUUAAUGUAGUAUUAAUGAGUAAUUAAUAUAUUAAUAUGCUUUAU